AUGUCCACAGCAGGAGUUGCUGCCCAGGAGAUUCGAGUCCCGUUGAAAACCGGAUUCCUGCACGAUGGCCAAGCCUUAAGGACCGUGAGGGCCUGCUGGGGCGGCCGCAGCGAGUUUGAAAAUCACUUUUUGAACAUCGACCCGAUAACCAUGGCCUACAGCCUCAACUCUUCGGCCCAGGAGCACCUCACAUCUCUUGGGCGCGCUGCGACGUCCGCGCCAAGGAGCGGCAGCCACUUUGCAGAGCACGGCCCCUCCCAGAAGCCCAGCUUGGCCCCUCUUAUCAUUCCCCCGGGCGAGCACCCGGGACCGCGGGAAGAGGAGCGAGUCGCGUGUGGUUUUAGGAAACUCUCGGUGAACGGCGUGUGUGCUUCUCCCCCUCCGCUCACACCCAUAAAGAGCCCCCCUUCCCCCUUCCCCUGCACGGCCCUCUGUGAACGCGGUUCCCGGCCCCUCCCGCCACUGCCCAUCUCCGAAGACCUCUCUCUGGACGAGACAGACUGCGAGGCCACGUCCGCGUCGCUCCGCUUUGGAGACCCUCCCGGCUGCCGCUUCCUUUGGAUUCGGCUGCUGGGCAAUAUGGUGAAGCUCUCCAUGACCUUCACUGAACUCGGUAUCCUCCACAGUCGGGAGUGA